GUCUGUCCCCAGGCAUCCCACUCACAGAGCAAUGAUGGUGAUGCCAAGUGGCUCAAGUCACGUCCUGCUGGUGCUGGUGCUGGUGCUAUGCUGGGUGGCCCCCAGCAGGCAGGAGCCGGCCCCGGUGCAGCUGCGGCUGGGGGGACCCCGGGGCCCAGCUGGAGAGGGCCGGCUGGAGGUGCUGUACCAGGGCCGCUGGGGCACCGUGUGCGACGAUGGCUUCGACUUCCAUGCGGCCACGGUGGCCUGCCGGCAGCUGGGUUACACCGCAGCCAUCACCUGGACCCACAGUGCCACCUACGGCCAAGGGGAAGGCCCCAUCUGGCUGGACAACGUGCGAUGUGGGGGCAGUGAAGGCUCCCUGGCAGAGUGUGCCCACAAUGGCUGGGGCAUCAGUGACUGCCACCAUGGCGAGGAUGCUGGCGUGGUGUGCUCAGGACAGCGCCUGCCUGGCAACUCCCCACAGGCUACUGCUGCUGGUCACCUGGGAGAGGUGCUGGGAGUAACCCUGGAGGAGGUGCGGCUCAAGCCCAUCCUGGCACGGGCCAAGCUGAGCAUGCCAGUGAUGGAGGGUGCUGUGGAGGUGAAGCACAACGGGCGCUGGAGGCAGGUGUGUGAUGCCAACUGGACCAGGAACAACAGCCGUGUUGUGUGCGGGAUGCUGGGCUUCCCCCGCGAGAAGCACGUCAACACCAGCUUCUACCGAAAGCUCUGGAACAAGAAGCUGAAGGACCCCAACUCCAGCCUGAAGACCCUCAGCCAGAAGAACAGCUUCUGGGUGCACAGGGUGCGGUGUCAGGGCUCAGAGCCCCACCUGGCCCGCUGCCCUGUGCAGAUGGCCCCACCAGCCCCCCGCCAGCACGCCUGCCCCCACGGCAUGCACGCCAUCGUCAGCUGCCUCCCUGGCCCUGCCUUCCAGAAGGGCACGGGCAAGGGCAAGAACAAGACCGCCCCAGGAAAGGUGCUCCCGGUGCGGCUGCGAGCGGGCACCCACGCUGGCGAGGGCCGGGUGGAGGUGCUGCGCCACGGGCAGUGGGGCACUGUGUGUGACAAGCAGUGGGACCUGGCUGCAGCCAGCGUGGUGUGCCGGCAGCUGGGCUAUGGGACGGCAAAGCAGGCCCUGGUGGGAGCCCGGAUGGGACAAGGUCUGGGGCCCAUCCAUAUGAGCAAUGUGCAGUGCACUGGCCAAGAGCGCUCCCUGGGCGAGUGUCGCUUCCAGGACGCUGAGCAGAAUGGGUGCCGGCACGAGGCCGACGCUGCCGUCCGCUGCCACAUGCCCUUCAUGGACUUCAAGAGCCAGGUGCGGCUGGCCGGGGGCCGCAACCCCGAGGAAGGCGUGGUGGAGGUGCUGGUGCCAGUGCAGGGGCAGCUGCAGUGGGGUGCAGUGUGUGGGGCACAGUGGGGCCUGAACGAGGCCAUGGUGGUCUGCAGGCAGCUGGGGCUGGGCUUUGCCAGCCAUGCCCUCCAGGAGACGUGGUACUGGGCAGGCAGCCCCGGUGCCAGCCAGGUUGUGAUGAGCGGCGUGCGCUGUGCGGGCACCGAGCUGGCCCUCCAGCAGUGCCAGCGCCACGGUCCUGUCCACUGCCCCCGUGGCGGGGGACGCUUCUCAGCCGGGGUCACCUGCACUGCCCACGCCCCAGACCUGGUGAUGAACGCCCAGCUGGUGCAGGAGACAGCCUACCUGGAGGACAGACCCCUGGGGCUGCUGUACUGUGCCCAUGAGGAGCGCUGCCUCUCCCGCUCUGCUGACAACAUGCAGUGGCCCUACGGCCACCGCCGCCUUCUGCGCUUCUCCUCCCAGAUCCACAACCUGGGAAGAGCCGAUUUCCGACCGAGGAUGGGGCGUCAUGCCUGGACUUGGCACCAGUGCCACCGACACUUCCACAGCAUCGAGGUCUUCACCCACUAUGACCUGCUGACGCUCAAUGGCUCCAAGGUGGCCGAGGGACACAAGGCCAGCUUUUGCCUGGAAGACACCAACUGCCCCGAAGGUCUUCAGCGACGCUUCGCCUGUGCCAACUUUGGUGAGCAGGGGGUGAGUGUGGGGUGCUGGGACACCUACCGCCAUGACAUCGACUGCCAGUGGAUCGACAUCACCGAUGUGCCACCAGGCAGCUACACCUUCCAGGUGGUUGUGAACCCCAAGCACGAGGUGGCUGAGUCAGACUUCUCCAACAACGUGAUGAGGUGCCAGUGCAAGUACGAUGGGCAGCGUGUCUGGAUGCAUGGCUGCCACACAAGUGAUGCCUACGGUGCCGACGUGGUGAGCGACAUGGAGAGACGGGAGCGCCUGGCCAACAACCUCGUGUGAACCCCUGCCACUGGCGUGGUCCCACGGGAGAGUCCGACUCCUGCACCCCGGCCCCUGUGCCCUGGCAGCACCCGACUGAGCUCAGGGACUUGCAGACUUGUGUAUUUAUUGAUGCUGCUGCAGAGGAGGGAGAUGAGCGCCAGGGCUGGCAGGGAGUGCCUGGGGGUGCCCAUGCUGCCAGCAGGAUUGGAAAGAGUGGCCCCAGUACUGCAGCAGGCCUCAGCUCCACAGCCCCAGCGCCCCCAGGACAACUACCUCAGCCUGCCCAGCCCCCCAUGCUCCAGGAGACUCAGGACAGUCCCCAGCCACCUAUGCACCAGUCCUGUCUUCAAUAAAGGUUCUGUGAGUUGGGA